AUCAAUUUUUAAAGUCAAUUUUUAAAGGCACAGACUCAAUUCCUUUACUUCAAAAUUUAGAAUCAAUGUACUUUAUGGAUAUUUAAGGCUAAAAAUGUACCCAUAUGUUGGUAACUAUGCACUGCUUUGCUAUACUUGGACUCAAGAGAUCUCACAUUUCUCAAGACUAAGAAUUAAUCCUACUAAAGAUGCAGGAAUGGUAAAUUUGUAUGUGCACAAGAAAGAACAAUUUCUGGCGGAUUCAAAAAAUGGACUUGUACAGAUUCAGUCGAUCAACCAUAUAGAAGAUACAGAACUAACCAUCAGAGUCAGUAAACUCAUUUCUUCUCUGAGCACACAAUGUGAAGAAGAAGCUACUAGUUUUGACUCUUGUGUGAAAUAUUCCACUUAUCUUCAAAUGCAUGAUCAAUGUAAUCGUUCUUAUAAUACUAAAUCUUUAAUGAGAAAAAUGCUGGAUUUAGAUAAGACUGGAGUGCACAGUUGCCCUAUGUCCUGUACCCAGGUGAAUGUUGGCAUGAGGCUUACUCCAAUAAACUGGCUUGAUGUAUUAGUGACAUCAAAACACUUCAUUAAAACGUUUGCUCCUGGAUAUUACAUGACCAUCCCAUCUGCAAUUAUUUAUACUGAAAUGUAUGAAGGCUAUACCUUAGUUUCCUUCAUUGCAGAGUUUGGAGGAUGGGUUGGACUUUUCCUUGGAGUCUCAUUAUUUGGAGCUGUUGAGUUUACAUCUAGCAAACUUUGUAAAGUAAACAAGAAUAUGUGCUGCCAGGUUUUGUUUUCAAAAUGUCUCACAAUCUUGAAAAUAGCAUGCUCAAUGGGAGUUGCAGUUAUUCUUGUUAAAUGUUGUCUUAAGGUAAUUGAAGGGGAGACUUCUACAGACAUCUACAUAGAAAACAGGUUACCCAAUAUUAGCAUUGCACUGUGUUCAACCAAGAAUGUUUAUAAUGGUAGUGCUUACAUUGGUAAUUCCUCAAGCUUCUGGACCAACCUAACAAAAGUUAGUGACAGUAUAGCACAGAUAGUAUUUGUAUACAAAACUGGUGAACUUGUCACAGCUUUUGACUCAGAAUUUGAAGAAAAUUUUACCAAUGUUUUUUAUACUCUCAACACACCUCAGUUGAACACAUUUGUUGAGACUUGUCAUACAAUGGAUCUAAAGCACUGGAAUAGAAUUAAGAGAAUGGAAGUCAUAGCAAAGAAGGAAUCAAGGGUGUAUGUUCAUAUAACUGGUCAGCUUCUCAGGUCUGGCAGACAAGGUUUAAGCUUCAUGAACAAAGAAACUAUCAAUAUAAACAGGUGAAACAUUUGUGUGUAUUUAGGAUUGCCAGGGUCUAAUUAAGUUGGUAACUUGUUAG